GUUAACCGUAUCUGUCCAAUAAGUUACCCGUAUCUAUCCAAUAAGGUAUCUGUAACCGUCCAACAAGUUACCCGUAACUUUCCAAUAAGGUACUGCAACCGUCAAAUAAGUUAUCCGUAACUGUCAAAUAAUGUGUUACCGUCCAAUAAGUUACCCGUAUCUGUCCAAUAAAUUAUUCUUGAUAUAGAAUCUAGUAGUUUUAAUACUCAUUGCUGUUGGCCCGGAAGGAAGUGCACGAUGGAUCUUACACGUCAUUGUGAUUUGACUGCUUUUGAAAGAGUCAAUGCCACUUUUUAUCCGACGGGCGUUAAUUAUUCCAUCCCAUGGUACUCUUGCUUGCUAAUACAUUUUGUCACACACGUUGUUUCACUCUACAGAGCGAUCUGGAGACCUAUAAUCAACUACUAGUUAUUAUAUUUUUGUCUGUCUUCAUUGUUGUCUAUUCCGUAAGUAGUACACGUUAACCUGAUAGUACUGAUAAGCUUGCCACCUUGUAAAGACAUUAAUCAAUAUGGCGUCAAAGUACCUAGUGUUUCUAUUGCUGUUGGUACAAGUAGUUGGUACACUAGCUGUCCCGGAUAAUGAGGAUUCCAUCGAAAUGCGAUUUCGAAAAAUGGAGAGAGACUUUUCUCUGUCCAUAAAAACUCUUAAAUCCGAGCUGAAAGACACUCAAGACAAACUGAGAUACGCUCAGGCGGAAAUUGAGUGGACGAAGUCGACAGUGAAAGCUGUGAACUUAGAGUUGUUAGCCACUCGAACCGAUCUAAAGGAGACUCGCAUUGGACUACAACAGACGCAGACAGAAUUGCAGAAGACUCGGGCAGAACUGUUCGCCACAAAGUCGGAAUUUGUUAAAACACAUUCUAUGACUGAGAAAAACAGUGCUGAAGACGGAAAAGAUAUUCCAGGAUAUGAAUCACAUAGAAUCAGUGAACAUGGCAAGCAACACACUGCUUCAAAUUCUCCUGAACGUUUAUCCUUGGCACCUGAACCGCAGUCAACUUGGCGUCGUAUAGCUAAACAACCGAAUAGUUUGGCGACACGAGGUCGCCGUGUGUCAGACGUGAACAUGAAGAAAGCAUUUUCCGCCCAGACGUCCCAUCAUGAAAACUCGCUUGUAACUCAUCAGACAGUCCUCUUUCCUCACGUCAUCCUUAACGAAGGGUCAGCCUACGACAACCUGACGGGAGUGUUUACCUGUCCGGAGGCCGGCAUCUAUCACUUCUCGGUCACUAUCAUGGUAUUUCGCAACGACGAAAUUGAAACAGAACUGGUUGUCAAUGGUAACCAGGUAAUGUUUAACUAUGCCGGCGGGAACCAGCGACACAACCAGGGAACUAACGCAGUCUUAUUACAUUUGGAUAUCGGAGAUCGGGUUUGGGUUCGAAUACUGGAGAACCCGGUUGUGAACCCGGAUGGUGCCAUGCGUAUCCAUGGAUAUGGUUGGUCAACGUUCACAGGCUUUAUGAUAUAAUGUUCGUUAAAUCGUACUUUGGAAUGAUUUUGUGAGAUCACACAAAAUAAAUGACAUUUUUAUGUUUUAUCUUU